UCGAAGAAACAAAAAUGGACUUUGAUUUAGAUGAUCCAUUAGGUGACUUAUUAAGUGAUGGAAGUAACGAUAGUUUUUUUGGUACAACUAAAACAAAGACAGAAACUGUGAAACCCGCAAAACAAACGGGUGAUACCAAGUCCAAGUCAAAAGUUGCAAAUUUGUUUGGUUUUGAUAGUGAACAGUCAACAAAACCCAAUGAAAAAUUAAAUUUAGAUUUAACCACCCCACCGAAUAAUGAACCGAAGAAAACUAUUAAUAAGGAUGAAAGCACAAUAGAUUCACGUACAAAUCGUCGACAAACACCCGAAAAAAAUGUAAGCACAACAGCAAUCGAUACAUCUAAUAGUGUUGGUAAUAUUCAGAAAAAGACCAUAAAGAAAGAAACACGAUUCGAUGAUUCAGAUGAUUUUUUGGAUGAGCUUGGAUUUGAUCCAAAGUACCCAAAAGGAACUGCCAUUGGAAGUGCAAAAAAAUCAAAUAUUCUUGAUGACAUCUUGAAUUUUGGUAAAAACGAACCGGCACCGAAACCAGCUCCAAUGCCAAAAACAACAGCACUAGGUGAUUCAAGCGAUAAAAGAAGUUCACGAACUAUAGAUAGCAAUCCAAAUACCAAUCGAUAUUCACCAUCAUCACGGCGUCAAUCAAGAAAUCUUCCACGAUCUGGCAGUUUGGAAGCUGAUCCAUUGGGACUAUUUUCAUCAUCAUCGACACAAGAAACAAAAAAAGAUGAAAAUGUACCGUCAACGAGAUUAAAACCAACAAAAAAACCAACGGUUGACUGGCUUGGAUUAGAGGCACAAACCGAUGUAAAAUCAGACGAAAUCAAUGUGGUUGCUACGGAUACCCAAAUAAAGAACGUUGAAACGUCAAAAUCCCAAGAAUCAAUUACAAAAAAUGCCACAAACCUUAUCCCACCAAGUACUACUACCUCAAUUACACCGGUCCAGUUACCGGUGAAUGUUCCGACUGUUACUAAUACAACAACAGCUGAUAACAUAUCAGCCAGUCUAAAUAUGAUAAAUAUGGCUUCAUUGGAAAAAGAGACAGCAUUAAAUUCGUUGCAACAACAACAGACACAAUUGCGGGUUGCAACUCAAAUGAAGCAACAGGAAAAUAUACUGUAUGAUGUGCACAUGAAACAAGAAUUGUUAUUAAAACAACAGGAGAAACAAUUUAAUGAAUUACUUCGACGCCAAGUCGAUCGACAAAGUCAACUUGAAACACAAAUUCAGCGACAACAAGACCAAAUUAAUGCAUACAUAAAUGUUUUGAUGAAUCAGCCUAGCAUGGGUUUGAUGGCGACUAAAACAAUCCCAACAGAGACUGCGUCAGCAAAUGAUAAGGAACAAAUGGUGUUUCAACAAAACGAAGAGGAUGCAUCACAUCAAAAUAUUAUUAUCGAAUUGGAAGCGCUUGUGAAACGUUUGGAGCUCGACAAACUUCGUCUUGAAGAUACACUACAAAAUAUUCAAACAUCGCAUGAACAGGAAUUGGAACUGCUGCACAUAAGUCAUAAAAAGCAAAUAAUGUUAUUGGAGGAGAGUCUAGGGAGCCUGGAAAAAAGGCUUCGCGAAGAAAUAAAAUCAACCGAAGCAUAUCAUUUGAAUAAAAUUACCGCUCUGCAAACGGAUAUCGAGUCCCAGCGCCAGAAAUACGAAGACAAUAUCGAAAAGUUGAUUAACGAUUAUGAAAAACAAAUCGAAAAAAUUCGCCUAAACUACGAGCAAGAUUUGGAAGUUUUAAAAAAUGAGCAGCGAUCGACAAUAGAGAAUAUCCGUCAGGCCAAAUUAUAUGAAUUUGCAACACUUCAAGAGAGUGGCUCAUAUUUGAGCACACUUAAAAGUGCUUCCGAUAAUUUAGAGCAUGCGACCGAUAAUUUACAAUCGAUGCGUGUAAAUAUUACUUCAACGAUUGAGCGAAUUCAUUCAGAACGGGAAGUGCAAUUGAAUGCAAAGGAACAACGGUUAAACGAUCAACAAAAAAACAUCGAAAAAACAAUUGAAAAAACCGAAGAAGAGCGAACACGUUUAAUUGAAUUGGUUAAAAGUCUCGAAAUAAAACUGAAUUCGGUUGAACAGAGUUCAGCUGAAGAACAGUGGAAUUUUCGACAAAAAUCAGCCGCACUCGAAGCGGAACGUGUAUCUUUCGAACGCGAAAAAAAUUUUACACGCGAAAAACUCGGCGCAGAAGAAAAAAGAGUACAGGAAAUGAAAGAAAUGCAGUUUGCUGAAAAUAAACGUUUAAUGGAACUUCUUGAUGCGGAGCGUGAACAAAUUUUAAUCGAAAAAGCCAAACUAGAAACUAUGGAACGUCUUAAAGUACCAACAAACCCAACCGUAAAACGACAAAGUGAACUUGAUGCUGCUAUAAAAAUUGCACAAGAUGCAGCAAAGAGUGCCGAUGCUGAACGGGAAAAAUUAAUUGAGCAACAACGAAAGCACGAAUUUAAAAAAAGAGAACUCUUAGAAAAGGAGAGGAUGCUUCAGGCACAACAAAACGAAGUCGAAAUACGAAUAAACGAAGCAAAAGAUCAAAAGCAAAUUGCAGAGCAUACGACGAAAACAUGUCAAACGAUUGAGAAAAAACUGUUGGCGAAACUGCAAAGUUUACAAGAAAAUUACAUGGAAUUGACUGAACGAGAGACAAAACUGUCACAAACAAAAAUGGAAUUAGGAAAAGAACGCGUUGAAUUGCAACAAAUGAGACAACAGUUAAGACAAUCAAAAUGCAGCCUUUGUCGAAUUGGCUAUAAAAAUGCGGAAAUAUCAGAAUUGGAUCCAUUGAAUGAUAUUAGUAUACAUAAUAAGUCAAUGCCUAAGUUUGAUUUUCUUUCAUCAAAUUCAUUCGAGGGCCUACAGCAACGUUUAUCCAAUGUUGACUCCAUGAUUGACGAAGUUAUCAACGUUCCACAAUCAUCAAUGUAUAAUCUUAAUUCCAGUAAUAGCCCAUUUUGA